AUUGUUCUAUUUGGAACGCUGGAGUAGUGUCUGCAGUUGCGGCCAUGGCGUCUUCAUCUUCAGUUUUCCGCACAGGACUUUCCUCUGUGUGGCGAUAUUCAACUACCCAUCACAUCUCUGCAACAGCAUGCAAUGAAAUUUUUAAGGUUCAGUGUUGCUCACUGCACAAUAAACGUAGGGGCAGCCCUGCAUACUCGGAGAUUUUGAGCUACAUCGGGGGAUACUCUGAUCCAGGCCUAGAGCAGAAACAAUUGAUUGAUAAAUUCAUUAACUUUUGCACAAGCAAUGGUGAAAAAACAAGAGCUCGUGUUAUUGCUUAUCAAGCUCUCCACCGCCUGGCUCAGACAGACAGUGCAACCAAACUUCUGGUUAAUGCUGUAGGGAAUAUCAAGCCCGUAUGCGAGGUUUCAAAAGUGCGAGUAGCUGGUGCCACUUAUCAGGUACCUGAUAUUGUUGACAGAGAUCGUCAACAAACCUUAGCCCUUCGUUGGCUCCUUGAGGCAGCUUUAAAGCGACGCACAAGCAACAAGAUAGGAUUAGAUCAAUGUUUAUCUGCUGAAGUAUUGGAUGCUUACCGAAAGAAGGGGAUCGCACGUAAGAAAAGGGAUGAUCUUCAUGAACUGGCUUCUAAUAAUCGGAGUUUUGUGCAUUUCAGAUGGUGGUAAAUCGGAGCUGCUGAGUCUUGCAAAUGACGGAAAAAAAACAUUUCUGAACUGAAUUCCCAUUCAAUGCCUCUCAAGACUGUCUUCAGGAUCUGAAACAUGGGGUUGUUCCGUGCUUUCAUCCCCUCUAAGAUGAUGAGGAUGCUUAAAAUUUGAAUGGUCUAGUGAUAAAUUAUAUUUUGCUUCCUUUUGUUUUGUCUCUUGAGUUACUAUGUUCUGACUUUUGUUGCAGUUAGAAUGUUUCUACGAUUGAAUGUUCAAAACUAUUGGGAUUAAAUAUAUGGCCACU